AAGACGAAACCGAGAAAAGUUUUCACGCACGCCGCGCCUCGCCGCUUCAAAAUCCCGCCCUGACGGCUCCCCUCCCUUUCCCCUCGGAGAGAGAUCUGCCCACUGCUCCGCCACCUCCUCUCCUGCCCCCUCCGCGUCUCGCACGAUGGCGAGGAGACGGCGCCGGGGCUCGCGUGGCCGCGCUCCCCUGGAGCUCCGCAUGGCCUACGGCCCCCGCGCGCGCCCGCUCGGCCGCACCGUCCUCUCGUUCCUCCCGCCGCCGGGCACGCCCUGCCCCGCCUGCCGCGGCGGCGCGGGGUGCCUCGCGUGUUGCCGCUGGGCGCACCUCCUCCGUGACGACGACCCGGCCGCGUACCGCAGCCUCAUCACCCGCGCCGUCUGCGCCGUCGCGCCCGCCUGUGCCGCGCCCCCGCCGCCGCAGUACACGCCGGGGAGCGCCGGGCACUCGCAGGCCAAGCUCGUUCGGGAGACGAUCAAGUUGAUCAUGGUGGAUCGUUCGUGCACAACCAAGAACGUUAUCUGCAGCGGUUACCGUGAGGGUGGCCAGACUAGAUGCAUCAGUGAGCUUAUUUCUUCUUCAUCUUGGGAUAUUCUCUUACAUAGGAUUGGGGAUCUACUCAUGUGCUAUAUUCUGAGGUAUUCGUCAAUAUUUUUGCCUGUUAAGAAGAAUGAUUUUUUUCAAGUCACUGGACCCCCACUCAAUGUGGUUCUGCAAAAGCCUAUAUUUUCGAGUACCAUGGCAAAAAGUCAACAACCCCAAUCCACGAAAGAAAAAUGCCUCACGUGCCACGUGCGGUGUAACGCAGAGAUAGCGCAAAACAUAUCUGGAGACACCUGUGUCAACAAUUCAAAUUUUGGGUUCUACUCUCUAGAUACCACUACUUGGAAAUUUGAUGCUCUACAAAGCUCUGGAAGUUAUGGCGCUGCAAGAAUUACAGAGCCCAAUUGUUCAAGUGAAGAAUGUACUUGUUCCAAAUUUCCUUCUAUUAAUCGAUCAACAAAGUGUUCCAGUUUAAAUACUCAGAAUCAUAGGAAAAGAAAAAGGCUAUACAGUUGGCAACGCCGCAACAAACAGAAGCAGAUUUGUUCUGAGGAUAGGUCGUCAACAGGCUGGAGUAAAAUAAACAACAGUAAUUUCAUUGUCCGUGAUAUUUUAUUGGAGGACUCAGGUGCUGACGUGAAUGAUGAAGUACACUAUUUGGAUCCUACAGUAGCUAACAAUUCUUUAGCAAUGGGCAGUGAUGUGAAUAAUUCACAGACUAAAGAGCCAGCCGGUGUAUCUGUAUUGUCCUCUGAAAAGUCACCUAGUUUUGUGUUUGAUAUUAGGCCUUCCCAAGGUCUAUCGUGUGGUUACAAUACAUCAAGAAUACAAUCUACAUGUCCCCAAAUUGGACUUUCCAAUUUCUUGCAUCUGAAUAGUGGUCCCAUCUGCUUCAAUUGCUUAAUGUUGUAUACUUCCAAAUGUGUAUCAGUAGAUUCAUUGAUACCAAGACAUGCUAUCUUCUAUAACAGUAGGACUUCCUACAAUGUCUUCCAUGGCAACCACAUAUUAAGUAAAAGGAAAAGAUCAGAUGUGCUAUCUCUUAUAAAGCAUAUAUUUGGAAUCAAGGGAUGCUGCUCAAAGUUCUUGAAAUUCGACUGCCAUGAGUCUACUACAACAAAUUCUAAUUUCUCGUGUCUUUCGCUGCUUAAAAUGAUGAAGAAUCUAAUAAGGAAUUCUAAACGCUGCCAGUAUAAAAAACUAUUUCUAAAGCAUUCUUCUGUCAAGUCUAAGCAGGUUGCAACUAGUGUGGCCAAGAAUGAUAGCAAGGCACGAUAUUCAACCGGAGGAAAAUCAGCAUAUUAUGAUGAAUCUUUUGUUCAAUUGGAGGCUUACAGUACAUAUCAGCAAGUGGUUUCCUUUGUCUGGGCAGUGUUGACAUGUAUUGUACCGGAGCCAUUGCUUGGAAACUCUUACAGCAAGAGAUCUUUAAGGACAAACAUUUGGAAGUUUAUAAAGUUGCGUCGGUUUGAAACAUUUCACUUAAGUGAUUGUAUUGGUGAGCUGAAAGUAUCACAUUAUUCUUGGAUAUCAAAUAUUGGAUUAUCCGAUUGCAAUUGUUUUGCUCUAAUGGCGAAUGAAAUUGGGUUAUCAAAUGGUUCAGAGGAGAAACAUAAGAAUGUUCUGCAUUGUUGGAUUAAAUGGUUGUUUUCUGAUAUUGUGAUACCAUUAGUCGAGGCAUACUUUUAUGUUACAGAAAGGGAAUCAAGGCGAUACGAUGUUUUCUAUUAUCCAAAGACAAUUUGGAGAGACUUAACUAGCAAUGCUAUUGCUUCCCUAAACAGGCAAAGCUUCAAAAUUUUGCGUGGCACUUCCAGGAAAGCAAUAAAACAUUCAUGCUGUUCUUCAAGAGUGAGGUUUGUUCCGAAAGCAAAAGAUAUGAGACCAUUAGUAAAUCUCAAAGCUCAAUCAAAGGAUGGACUUCUUAAUAAGUGUCACUUGAUUAUAAAAAAAGUGAGAGAUGAGAAUCCUGAGAUGUUUGGUUCUUCUGUUUUUGACUACAACAAUGUACAUCAAAAUCUUUCGCAUUUUAUAUCUUCAGUAAGAAGUCACUUGAAGGAGAAAUUCAAGAUAUAUAUUGUUGUUGCUGAUGUAUUGAAGGCAUUCGAUUAUAUUAGUCAUGAUAUGGUACUGAAAAUUGUGGAUGAUGUUCUGAAAUGUGAUGACUAUGUUCUGAGGAAAUGUACCAAAGUAGUUUGCAAUGGUUCUAAGAAUGCCAUCUACCGUUUUGAUUCAAAUGUCUCUAUCAGCAAGGGUAACAAUAUCUGUGAUUUCUCGAUUCAGUUAUCAUCAAGCGGUGGUAUUUUAGUUGACCAGGGAAAAACUAGCAUCAUACGGAAGAAAGAGCUUCAGUGUCUCCUUUCUGAGCAAGUCAAGCACAGUAUUUUGAAGAUUGGGCAUAACUUUUACUUACAGCAAGUAGGGAUUGCUCAAGGAAGCAAGUUAUCUCCCAACCUUUGUUCCCUGUACUACGGUCACCUUGAAAAUUCUGUGCUAUCGAAAUUUCUUCAUGACGGCAAGAUUAUUUCAGAAGAGGAUGUUUCAACACCUAAGAGUUUAUUGAUGAGGUUCAUUGAUGACUUUAUAUUCAUAUCUUUCUCAAAGAAGCGUGCUCUAAAUUUUUUCAAUAGGAUGAGAAGAGGCUUUGUCUACUACAAUUGCUACAUGAACGACAGCAAAUAUGGUUUCAACUUUGAGGUUGCAAACAGCGAGCAUUGCCGUAAUAGGCUUUACAGGGGUGAUGAUGGAUUCUCUUUCAUACCAUGGAGUGGUUUGCUUAUAAAUUGUGAAUCUUUGGAGAUUCAAGCUGAUUAUACAAGGUAUGUAGACAUCAAUAUUUCCUCCACCAUCACUGUCAAGAUGCAUUCUUCAACAAAGUACCUUCAAAGCAAGCUAUGUCACUAUAUGCGUCCAAAGUGUCAUCCCAUUUUCUAUGACUCCACGAUCAACUCACCGUGCACUGUAAAACUGAAUAUAUAUCAAGCCUUCCUGUUAUGUGCAAUGAAGUUUCAUUGUUAUGUUCGGAGCAUGCCUGAUGUCAACAUGAGCAAACCGGAGCUGCUGCAUAUAAUUAAGAGAACUUUCAGAUACAUGCAUAGCCUCAUCGUCAGGCGGACCCAAGAUGUUGAGCUGCAAUACAAUGUGCGUCCAGUUCUGAAGCUUAGGCGAAAAGAAACCAUGUGGCUUGGCCUAUCUGCAUACCUUCGGGUGCUUCAGAAAAAGCAAUCACGUUACAAGGAUUUAUUGGCGUUGUUGACAGAAGAAAUUGGGAGAUAUGGCCAUCUGGACCAUAAUAUCGAUAGUUUGCGCUAUGCUGUGGAUGACUCUCACUCGUCGAUGUUCUGGAAGUUUAAAUUUUAGAAGGAAGAUGGAUGCUAGAAGAUUGCAGAAACCAUUGUUUUUGUGGAUACCUUUUCGGUGCGAUGAGGCUUUGUAAGCAGCUGUACCUGCCAUAUCAGGUACAAAGGCAGUCGACAGAUGAGUGGCACCAAUCAUGACUGCCCCAUGCUUUCAUUUAUAUCUGUAAUUUCGUCCUAUUUGGGUUGCAUGUUUCUAAUUGGCUACUGAAUAUGGGAACAGCCAGCUUUUGGGGUUCAAUACCUUAAGACUGGUUAUUUUUAACCCUUUAGGGUGUGUUUGGUUGAAAGGUGUAUUUCUGAAUGGUUUUUGAGGUAUUUGGUUAAAGGGCAAGGUAGAUGGGAUGGUCAUCUAGAGAAAAUAUUCUUCUUAGAUGCUGGAUUAGAUUGUCUGUUUAAAACUGUUGGAUAGAGUUAUUAAUAUUUUA